CAAGCUGCUAGAAAAUCCAGACAGAUAGUAUACUAAUAUUUCUAUCGAGUAUGGCAUCAUCAUCAUCAUCUUCAUCGUAUGCUCGCAUGACGUAUGAUGUUUUCUUGAGUUUUAGCGGUGAGACACGAGGAUCAUUUUCCGAUCAUCUCUAUGCAGAUUUGAAGAGGGCUGGAGUUAACACCUUUCGGGAUGAUGAAUCAAUUCGGAGAGGCGAGGAUAUUUCUGCUGAGCUGUCUAGAACCAUAGAAGAGUCGAGGAUAUCCAUCAUUGUAUUCUCAAAAGACUAUGCUGGAUCCCGAUGGUGUCUAGAUGAGCUUGUGAAGAUCAUGAAAUGUAAACAGAAGUUGAAUCAAAUUAUUUUUCCCAUAUUCUACAAUGUUGAUCCUUCUGAGGUUCGCAAACAAACAAGCACUUUUGGUGAUGCAUUGACUCUACACAGACAACGAUUUGGAGAUCAAAAAGUUAAUGAGUGGAAAGAUACACUCACUGCAGCUGCUAACUUGUCCGGAUGGGAUUUGCAAACCAUGUCAAAUGGAUAUGAGUCAAAGUUCAUUGAGGUGAUUACUGAAGAAGUGCUACGGGUGUUGAAUUUUAUGCCCAUGAAUGUUGCAAAGCAUCCCAUUGGAAUUGAUUCUCUUGUUGGAGAUGUACUUCAUUUAUUACAAAUGCAAACAAAUGAGGCUGUUCGGAUGAUGGGAAUUUUUGGCAUGAGUGGUGUCGGGAAAUCAACCCUUGCUAAAGCCAUAUACAAUCAUUUGAUCAUGAGUUUUCAAGGGUUUGAAGGUAGUUGCUUUGUUGCAAAUAUUAGACAAGAAGUUUCUAAUAAGGGACAGAAUGGUCUAGUUGGUUUACAAGAGAAACUUCUUCACAAAACACUCAAGCGAAAGAAUUUUGAAAUUGAUAAUGUUGAUGAAGGAAUAAGUUUGAUCAAAGCAAGGCUGCAAUCCAAAAGGGUUCUAAUUGUUCUUGAUGAUAUAGACCACUUAAGUCAAUUAGACUCAUUAGCAGGUCAGCGAAAUUGGUUUGGUUCAGGUAGUACAAUUAUAAUAACAACAAGAAAUGUUCACUUGUUGAGUGAGCUUGGAACACAAGAGAAAUACAAGGUUAAAACAUUAAGCAUUGAUGAUUCUUUGCAACUCUUAAGUUGGCAUGCUUUUGGUGUUCCUAUAGCAUCAGAGGAGUAUACUGAAGUAUCCAAAACAAUAGCAAGUUAUACUGGCGGACUUCCAUUAGCACUUACCAUUAUAGGCUCUCAUUUGCGUGGAAGAUCAGUGCAAGAGUGGCUUGAAGAUAUUGAGAAAUUAAAAAGGAAUCCUCAUAAAGAUAUUCAAACAAUUCUUGAAAUAAGCUAUGAUGCACUUGAUGAUGAUACUAAAAACAUCUUUCUUGAUAUUGCUUGUUUUUUUGUUGGGCAUGACAAAAAAAACACUGCUAUGAUAUUGGAAGCUUGUUAUUUUUGUGCUGAAAGUGGAAUAAGAGGCUUGGUAGAAAGAUGUUUGUUAACAAUAGAUGGAUUUAAAAUGCUUGAGAUGCAUGAUUUAGUACAGAAUAUGGGAAGAGAAAUUAUUCGAAAGGAAUCUCCAAAAAAUCCUGGCGAACGAAGUAGAUUGGUGGACCCAAAUGAUGUUUUUGAUGUUCUGCAAGGCAACAAGGGUACAAAUGCAAUUGAAGGGAUCAUUGUAAACUCUAACAUGUUUAAGAAUAUGUGUUUGAGUACGGAAGUAUUCACAAGGAUGGUAUAUUUGCGAAUACUCAUAUUAGAUGGUGUGAUUCUUAGAGGAUCUUUUAAAUAUUUGUCCAAUGAGCUUCGGCUUUUAAGGUUGCGUUAUUGCCGUUUGAGUCACAUACAAUCUGACUUUCAUUGUGCAAAACUUGUUGAGUUAGACUUGAGGUAUAGCAAUAUCAAAGAAUUUCAACCCAAUUUGCAGCAUUUUGUAUGCUUGAGGAUGUUAAAGCUCAAUUACUGCAAACAACUUAAGAGUACACCAAACUUUACUGGGGCACAAAGUCUUCAAGAAAUAUCCUUCGCAGGUUGUUCAAAUUUGACGAAUGUGCACCCAUCAAUUGGAAGUUUGGAGCGGCUUGUUGGGUUAAAUUUGGGAGAAUGUGAGAAAUUGAAGGUGCUUCCUAGUAGCAUUUGCAAGUUAAAAUCACUUGAGAAGUUACAGUUAUCUGGUUGCAAGAAUCUGAGGGAGCUUCCAAUUGAAAUUGGAAAAUUAGAGCAACUAAGAAGUUUAAGUGCUAUUGGAAUUGGUAUCUCACAUUUACCCUCUUCUUUGGGUUGUUUCAGAAAUCUAGAGUACUUAGACCUGAGAAAACAUGUGGGUUUAGUAGCUGUAGAUUUUUUUCCAUCUUCAACUGCGAAUUUAUGCUCAUUGAAGUGGCUGAAAGUGAGUUUCAACAAAUCGCAGCAGCAAGUAAAUCUUCCAAUUGCUCUUGGGAGUUUGACCUCAUUGACAAAUUUAAUGUUAUCAGGAAUUUGGUAUCUUGAAAGCCUAUCGCUGGACCUUUGUACUCUCUCCAAUUUGAGAAAGCUUGUCCUAGAGGAUUUGCACAAUCUUAUAGCACUUUUAAAACUUCCACCUAGUUUGGAGGAUCUUAGUGCAUAUGAUUGUGAGUCAUUAGAAAAAAUAGCAGAUAUAUCCAACUUAAGAAGACUUGAAAGUUUGUAUAUUGUGGGUUGCAAAAGUUUGGUUGAGCUUUCAGGCUUAGAGGGUCUUGAAUCCUUACGAAAGCUUAGGAUAACACAGUUCAAAGCUCUAACUAUCCCUUAUAACUAUUUGCAAGAAUGCGUACAAAUCGAUCUUGGAUGUUUGAGCUCAUUGAAAACUUUAGAAUUAUAUCAUUUUCAAAGCCUACCCUUCAGCCUCUCUCAUCUUUCUAAUUUGAAGCGUCUCAUAUUAGAUGAUUGGCAAAAUCUAAGAGCAUUGCUACAACUUCCUCCUAGUUUGGAGGAACUCUCUGCAAAAAAUUGUGUGUCGUUGGAAAAAAUACAGAACUUGAAAAGCCUUGAAAAGUUAUAUAUUCUCAAUUGCAAAAGUUUGGUUGAGCUUCCAAGAUGGGAGAGUCUUGAAUCUAUUGAGAUAAGAAAUUGCAGUGGUUUGAGGAUUCCUUCGGUUGAAAAUUGGUUCCAGAUUUCACUUAAAGUCGGCAGAGGUUGUGUAUAUUGCAGUAUUCCAAGACUUUUGAGGCAUACAACAACCUUUCGAAUCAGGAACAGUGGUUUUGAUAAUAAUGAGGAGUUUGAUGGAGUUGGUGUUAGCGUGAGAAGCAAAAUAACUGGUGCUUGGAUGGUAAAGGAACCUCAGAAAUAUAUUAAGUUUAUAUUGUAUGAGGAAAUUGAAUUUGUGGUGGCAACAAGGAUUGGCGAAGUACUGGAGGUGUAUGCUCAUUUCCAUCCACCUCUGCAGAAGAAGAUGCUGCUGCUUUGUUUGUUUGAAAUACAUAGAAACUCAGAUGGAGAAGUGCGUUUCUUUCCAUCCACAAGAGGCUUCAUAGAAAUUGAUGAUUCUUCAACAAGUAGUAGUGUAGGUGUAGGUGUAGAAGAAGAAGAGCAGAAGAAUUAUGGUUGGAGAAGAAGAUUUUGCAGCAGAAUUAUUCCCGAGUUUCUCCUUAAGUGUUUUUGUUGGGGUGAUGGGAUGAAGGAGGAAGAGGAAGAGGAAGAAGAAGAAUAA